AUUAGAGUUUCUGGCUCUGUCACGAUCGAGUGCAUGCAAUGCAUUGGUGGCAGAGCGCAUUCUCAUCUUCCACCCGGGCCUCUACCUCCAACAGAAAGAUUCAUUCCGAUGAUAGCGUGAUCGUCACGCGCGGGGGCACCCGUGGCGUCCUGAUAUCAGCUCUCUUCGGCACCCGUAGCCGUAUCCACCAAAUUUCUCGUAAGAAGAAGCCCCAACACCGUGGUGGGGACCACAAAGUCGACGUCAGAGAUGACUGGCAUUCUCAGUAUUCGUAUGAAAGUUCACCGGCGGAGGGACGUCCUCCGCCGCAGCCCCUCCCAUUGCCGGAAUUACACGUGAUGCUCCGUCAACAUCCUAAUUUGGUUCAAGCCCCCAGCGUCCCACUUCCUUCGCCUAGAGAAGGAAUUGCGCAUCAUAAAGCUGGUGAGGAAACAGAUAGAGAAAGGCUGGAUGCUUUCAAUGGAGAUGCACAUAAUCACAAUAAUGGCGGAGCAACACAAGAGGGCAGACUAUCAAGCCAAGAUGCUCGAAAGAGAACAGAGCACUCUGCAACUCCAUUGUCCAGGAAGAUGCCACCUCGGAUGCUGCUUGUCCCAGAAAGAAUCCCUCCUGAUUUUUGGACUAGUGCUCCAACUAGUCCUUAUGCAAGUCCUGCACAUAGCCAACUGAAAAAUGGUGAUCAUACAAUGAGUCCUCUUUUCGUCACACCCCCUAGUGUUUUUCAAGUUUGGUCUGCCCCUGAGAUGCCUCCUUCAGAUGCCCCUCAUGGUUUAGGCUUCUCUUAUAACCAUGCUUUUAGUGUUGAUGACUCUCCUCUUCACAGUCCAAGAUUAAGUCCUCAGCGAAGAUCCAGGAGUCCAAGUGGACAUGCUUCACCUUUACAUCAUCCACUACCAAAUGAUCAGUGCUCAAUGGCGCGUUGUGAGAAUUGUGCUCAAGGCAAUGUCCAUCCUUUACCCCUUCCUCCUCUAGCUACUCCUCCAGUUUCACCACCUACCCUUAAAGCAGAUAUAACACCUAUUAAAGGCCAGUGGAAAAAAGGAAAGCUUAUUGGACGUGGGACAUUUGGAAGUGUUUACGUAGCAUCAAACCGAGAGACAGGAGCUUUAUGUGCAUUGAAAGAAGUUGAAGUAUUACCAGAUGACCCAAAAUCUGCUGAGUCUAUAAGGCAGCUAGAACAGGAAAUCAAUGUUCUCAGCCAGCUCAAGCACCCAAACAUUGUCCAGUAUUAUGGAAGUGAAAUAGUUGAUGACCGGUUUUAUAUUUAUCUGGAAUAUGUUCAUCCUGGUUCUAUCAAUAAAUUUAUCCAAGACCAUUGCGGAGAAAUUACAGAAUCUAUUGUGAGGAAUUUCACUCGCCAUAUUCUUUGCGGGUUAGCUUACUUGCAUAGUAAAAAGACCAUUCACAGGGACAUUAAAGGGGCUAAUUUGCUUGUUGAUGCUUAUGGGGUUGUCAAGCUUGCAGACUUUGGGAUGGCUAAGCAUCUAAACGGGAACUCAGCUAAUCUCUCUUUAAAAGGAAGUCCAUAUUGGAUGGCUCCUGAGCUCUUGCAAUCUGUUAUGCAGACAGAUAAUAGUAGCGAUCUUGCCUUAGCUAUUGAUAUAUGGAGUUUGGGUUGUACUAUAAUUGAGAUGCUGAAUGGCAAACCUCCUUGGAGUGAAUAUGAAGCAGCUGCAGCAAUGUUCAAGGUUCUAAAAGAUACCCCUCCAAUACCUGAAACAUUAUCACCAGAAGGGAAAGAUUUCUUGCAUUGUUGUUUCCGUAGAAAUCCAGCAGAGAGGACAUCAGCUAGCAUGUUGCUAGAACAUCCAUUUGUGAGAAUCUCGCAUCAGCCAGAAGUUCCUUCUUUUGUCCAGCAACUUAAUGGAAUAAGACUAACAGAAAAUUUGCAUUCUAAGAGAGAGAAGCUAAGUUAUAAACUUGAUGCGGUGCAUGUGUCAUUAGAAAGAUAGCACUCAGAAAGAGCUGGCAAAGAAGUAAAAGUUGUGAUCUGAAGAAUGGAGUCUUCAGAUGGGCAAAUUCACUUUAAUGUCUGCCUGCCCCUAAAGCUAAAUGCGUACACGAAAGCAAUGACAUUAUUCGUAUUCCAACAUAGCGAUGGGACUGUGUUAUUUUGCUCGUUCAACUCCCAUGGUCAUCCCCAGUUCAUUCCCAUUAAAGAACAGACACAUUCUGGGUCGACUAUUAUGAGUACAUGCCCAUCUGGUGCAGUGGCUUACAUGCCCAUCUGGUGCAGUGGCUUGGAAACAAGCUUCAUAUACUAUCUUCCGAAGUUCUAAAUAGGAGUACUCAUCUUUAUUGAUGUGGUUUUCUAAAGAGAGCUCGACUUGUAAAUACAUUACAGACCUUUAUCAAUGUGCUCUGUAGAUAGCUUGGAGGCAUCGGGAGUUGGAGCCAGGAGGUACUCCCCCUCAUCAAUGUAUAUAACUUGAAAGGAAGAUAUGUUUAUAGUCCAGGGGAAUUGCCCUGCA